AGUAUAGUACAUGUUAAUAGUAACAACAGAAAACAGUGCUUACUUUUUUGGUGCUCCUGUUUUAGUAUUCCUUGAACAAAACCUUUAUCAUUUAGAAUUUAUACUGUCUAUGGAAAGACCACUUUUAGACUUAUGUAAACAGAUUAUCACAUCAUUCAUGCAUACAUAAAAAAAUUUUUCCUGUAACUUUGUCUCAUUUAGUCUGACUCUUCUGAGUAACUUUUUUAACCCAGUUGUCAAGCUCUUGUACUUUUGUAAAAUAGUAGUGAUUUACUAGAAAAUGGACCAUGCUGUUGUAUAUUACUGUGAUGUCAAUUGCUGAUCAAUUUUCUAACUGCUUACUCUUGGAUACCUGUACUUGUAAAAGAACUGAAAGUACUUCACAGACAGAUCACGCGCCCAGGCCUGGCCAUGCUUUGAGUGGCUGUUUUAGAGGGAGCAGAAAGGCCAGGGUGGCUCAACUUGGGGUGGGAAUGAGGGGAGUGAAUAGUAAGAGGGGUCAUGUAGUUCUUCUUAAGGAGUUGCUUAUACUCUGAGUGAAAUGGGGAACUAUUUUAGAGAAUGUUUUAAAGUGGGAUAGAAUUUACAUACAGUAAAGUUCAACCAUGUUAGUGUUGAACUCAUCCAUUUGAUGAGUUGGGGCAAUUGUAUACAGCCAUAUAAUAAUCGUAAGUACAGAGCAUUCCAUCUCUCCCAAAAGUUCUCUUGUACCCUUCUGCAGUCAAUCUGUUCCCUCCUACCUUUGGGCCUAGUCAAUUACAGAUCUGCUUUCUGUUGGAACAGUUUUGCCCUGUUUGGAAUGCUUUGGAAAUGUAUCUGUUGUUGCUUAUAUCAGCAAUUCCACCAAUGGAUGGGCAUGUGGGUUCUCCAAUUUGAGGAUAUUAUGAAGAAAGUGGUUAUGAACGUUUACAUACAAGUCUGGGUGUAUGUUCUGUUAAAUUUCAAGCAGAAGAGUGAUAAGUUUCUCAGUUUGAUACAAUUUCUAAUUUAUAUGUGAGUUGUAGAAAUAGUGCACGGAACUCUCCUAAACACUACAGAUUACUGAUUAUUAAUGUUUCUAGGCUUCUGGGCUACUGGAGGUUAUGCUUACAUUGACCUGAUUCUCCAUUGUUAUGUGAUAUGUCAGCGUGUGUUUAAGUGCAAGACCACCCUCCCACAUAACCACAAUAUGACCAUCAAAACCAGGAAAUGUGACUGGGUGCGAUGGCUGAUGCCUGUAAUCCCAGCACUUGGGGAGGCAGAGGUGGGAGGAUCACUUAACACCAGCUAGGGCAACAGUGAGAUCUUGUCUGUACAAAAGGUAAAAUACAAGCUGAAUGGUGGUGUGCCUAUAGUCCCAACUACUGGCAGAAGGGUUGCUUGAACCCAGGAGGUUGAGGUUACAAUUAUCUAUGAUGAUGCCACUACACUCUAGCCUGGACAACUGAAUGAGACCCUGUCUCAAAACAAAACAGGAAAUAAUCCCAUAUUAUCAUCCAAGUUUUGCUUAUGUUCCAAUAAUGGCUCAAGAAUCCAAUCUGGGAUUGUGUUGCAUGUAGUUGUAUUUCUUUAGCCUCCUGCUGAUUCCUCAGCUUGUCCUUGUCUUUCAUGAUGGGAAUUUUAUAUAGAGAUUGUCUGUCUACCUUUGGAUAUAUCUGCAGUUAUGUUAAAAACUAUGACUGUAUAAGAAUGUCUCUGGUUGCAGUCUAACUACUGAGUUCAUCCUGGCCUUCCCCCUUCCUCUGUGUAUAACUCACUCACCAUUCCCAUUAUCUCUGCUUACUUUCUCAGAUCUUUCCUGUGCAAUGAAACUCUAAAAAGUAAGGCUUCCAUAGGGAGCAGGGGAAGGGAAAAAGGAGAUAGCAAUGCUUUAAAGAAGCUUUGCUCAAACUAAUAUCUUCUGACCUCUCCCUAUGGCACCCAUCUUUGUGAGUUUUGAGGAAUGAUUGAAGGGAGUAGAUGUUAUUUAAUAUGUGGUUCUCAAUUUUGGCUGCAUAUUAGAAUCAUCUGGGAGACAUUUUCAAAUACUUAUGUUCAACCUACACCCCAGAUAAAGUAAAUCCAUCUCUAGGAAUGAAACCCAGUCUUCAGUAUUUUUAUAACCCCUGGUGAUUCCAUCGCCACCCAAGGUUAAGAACUAACAAAGCAGAUUUCUACUUCUGUGAAGUAGGAUAUAAUAGAUCAUCGGCUCAAGCAGUGGUUUUCAAAAGUACUAUAUUGAUAAACAGGAUAGUGUAAGUCUGGAAAUGGUUGUGAUGCAGAGCAGGCAAACUUCAAACUUGGGGCUUAACCCAGGAGGGUUCUUGGGUUCACCCAGGAAAGAAUUCAAGAUGGAGCUGCUGGUGGUAAACAGCAGUCUUUUGGUAAAUAGUACUGCCCCUCGCAGAGCAGCAUUAAUUCAUAGUCUGCCCAGAGUUGGCAAAGUAUUGUCUCUCGGCAACUGCAUUUAUACCCAGUUAAACCCACUUUCAGUUACUUGCAAAUUAAGAGAAGGCUCAAUGCAAAUUGAGGGAUAGGUUAUUUAGAGCUUUCUAGGAAAGGAGUGGUAACUUCUGGGUCAUUGCCAUGGAAAGGGGCAGUAUCUUCCAGGUCGUUGCCAUGGCAUUUGUGACUGUCAUGGCACUGUAGGAGUGGCUUAUGCUAAUGAAAGAAAGGACAGCUGAGAAUCGCUUUCCUUGACAUCUUGUCUCUGCUGGUUUCUUCACUUCAUCCUGCCUGGACCAGAUCUUGUUCUGGCCCUCAGGGUUGUGACCAGAAAACAAGUCCUGCUGGUCUUCUGCCUUAGUCGCAAGAGACUCAAAACUCCAUUUUAAACUUUCAGCCUUAUAAUAUCUUCUGUUUGAGUAUUUAACGGGCAUGUUUUUUCCCUUGAAAAUGUAUCCAGCCAAGACCUAAUGAGGAAUGUGAGGCCCUAGCUAAAAUGUCGGUAUUUUACUUGCCUGGCAGCAGUACUUCUCAAACGUUAAUGUGCAUACAAGUCACUUGAGUAUCUCGUUAAAAUGCAGAUUUAGAUUGUGUCUUUCGGGGUGAGGUCUGAGAAACUUCAUUUCUAUAAAGCGAUGUCAAAGGGACCAUGUUUUGGUGACAAGUGGCAAGACCCCAGAGUUUCUACCCUAAUUAUUUAUUCAAUGACUCUUACAGGUGUUGUCAAUCUCUUUUUAAAGCCAGGGACUUUGCCUAAGCAUACAAUUUCAGAGCAAUCAUGCUUUCAUUCAAUGAAUACCUAUUUAAUGCAUACCAAGUUUCUUUCCGGGUGCUAAUGACAGAGUGAGGAACAAGAUGAAAAGAUCCCUGCCUAAUGGAGGUUUCAUUGCAGUGCUGGAAGACAAACCAUCACCAAGUAAAUAAAGUAGGUACAUCGGCUAUGGUAUGUGCCUUAAGACAGUGUAUGGCAGUCACAGAUACAGGGACCGGGUGGAGGAAGGUUUGAAGUAGCUCUUUUAAAUUGCUUUGUCUGUGGAGGCAUCUUGGCCAGGGACCUGAAUGCUAGUAUCUGGGGAAAAGCAUACUAGGCAGUAAGUUCGGAGCGCCUGAAGCAGGAAUUAGUUUAGUGUGUUCAAAAGACGGAACUGGUGUGGGAGGAACAGAGUGAGUGAAGGAGAGAGCAAGAGGUGAAAUCCCAAAGCUACAAGGGCCUGAUCCUACAGGAGUUUCUAGGCCACAGCAAGGUGGCUGCCUGAACUUGACCGAGCCCAAACUUAGAUCCUAGAGGAGCCAUGGCCUCAAUUUACGAACUCUAGAAAGAGAAUCUAAUUUAGGAACUCUAGCGGGAAAAAAAUGUUAUUUAGGGAUUAAAUGUUUGGAGAAUACAUCUGAAAGUCUAGAGGAACGAGGUAUGCAAACUGGGGACAGAACCCUUACUGAACCCCCAGUGACCCCAGUGUCUUCACCAUAACUGCUAGACACAGCUACUUGCUGAAUUAUUGCAAGUGCAAAUUCCUAUUUGCAUGCAGUUUUACCAAGAAGCCUCUAGCCUCUGUCCACUUUACAAUGCUAGAACAUCACAAGCUCUCCCAGGCCACAUUCAGAAGGCUUGGUAUCUCAUCACUAUUUCUUCAUCUUCAAAUGCCCAAUAACGGCUUCAUGUUAGCAUUAGCCUGAUUUGCUAAGUUGUGAUAUAUUUUGCUAAGAUUUUGUUUUUUGAUUUUAAUCAUUUCACUCUGCUUUGGGGGUUCUGUGUACGCUUCCCAAUGGGGAGUUUUUGCAGUCUCCAUUUCUUCAAGCGCCUCUUAAAUGACAAUUGUCUUUUAACUCUCCUAUGCUGAGGGCUGGUUUGAGACUGGAACAGUCCAUAAAACAGCUGCCCCAUCAGGAUUAAGAAGAUUUAAUCAAUGCUUUAGUUUUUCCAGAAAUUUAGGCUCUUAGAUUUGAUUACGGGAAAAAAUGCAAAGGCAUUCUGCUUUCAAAAAUAAUUUUGAAUUUAAUCUUUCCUUGUUGUGAAACAAGAAAUAAAGGAUUUAUUCUAAUUUGUCAGUUCUAAGUCGACAGUGAUAAAUUGAAAUAGCACUGAACCAUGAUCCCUCUGGGUAACCUUUAGAUAGGAUGGUUCAAAAAGACCACUCCAGGCCAGGCACGGUGGCUCAUGCCUGUAAUCCCAGCAUUUUGGGAGGCCGAGAAGGGCAGAUCAAUUUAGGUCAGGAGUUUGAGACCAGGCUGGCAAACAUGGCGAAACCCCAUCCCUACUAAAAUACAAAAAUUAGUUGGGCAUGGUGGUGCAUACCUGUAGUCCCAGGUACUCAGGAGGCUGAGGCAGGAGAAUUGCUUGAACCCUGGAGGCAGAAGGUGCAGUGAGCCAAGAUAGUGCCAGUGCACACUCCAUUCUGGGUGACAGAGAAAGACUGUCUUUAAAAAAAAAAAGGCAAAAAACAAAAAGACCACUGUGGCCUUUGCUGUGUCUCAGUUUUCUUGUCUAUAAUGAAGGUAUUGAAUAAAACAAACUUUCCAAUCAGGGCCAGCUAUAUAAAAGAUCAACCCCUGACAGUCACACACACACACGACAGUCUCACACACACACGACAGUCACACACACAGCCACACGCACACACACACAGCCACACAGCCACGCGCACACACACACAGCCACACAGCCACGCGCACACACACACAGCCACGCGCACACACACACAGCCACACAUACACAGCCGCAUGUGCACACACGCAGCCACACACACACAGCCACACAUGCAGCCACACACACACAGCCACACACAGCCGCGUGCACACAGCCACACACAGCCACAUGCACACACAGCCACAGCCACACACAGCCACACGCACACAGCCACACGCAGCCACACAUGCAGCCGCGCGCACACACACACAGCCACACAUACCCACACCAAAACUUUUACAUACACACCACAGAUAUAUUUAAACAAAGCACUACAAUAUUGCAUACAUACACCCAAAACAAAAACCUUUUUAUUAUAUUUUGCUUUACCAAUUUAUUCCUGGAAAAUUGGUUUGCACAAAAUUAUUCGGUAAGUUAAAUUCUUGUCCCUCAUUUUAUGAGGUUACCAAUUUGGGGUUGCGGGGGAAGACAUUGCUCUGAAGUCGUAUCAUCCACCGAGGUGGAGAGGGGCAUCCUGACAGGGACCUCUAUUCUAGAAGCAAUGGCUAGGAACAGGGGAAGGGGCACCUUAUGGGACAUGCCAGCCUAAACACCUUGUAAAAAGCGGUACCUUACUGUCUCUCCUUUCUAACAGACAGCAACGCUUGGGGCCAAAAUCUUUUUUAAAUUUACUGCUAUAUCUUUAGUGCCCAGAACAAUACAUAGCACAGUAAGUGCUCAGUAAAUGUUUGCUGAAUAGAUGGAGCUAAGUACUGGCAGUUCCACUUUGGUGCCUUUAGAAGUGACCCUCUCGCCAUGGGAAACAUGGCCAGAAGCAGGAAGUUCCUCUCGCCAUGGGAAACAUGGCCAGAAGCAGGAAGUUCCGGCUAACAUAAACGUGUAACUUCACUCUCUUCUCUAUGACCUGUGACCCUUGAGCUUUGAGACUGAAUUGCAAAAGUGUUAGAGAGGGGAGGUAGGGAAAAGAUGAUUGCCCUAUUUUUCCCAACCCACCUAUCUCUUAACCCCACUGGUAGGGUCUGAAUGUGGCACCAACUAGUAUGUUAGAAUUCAUCGGCCGGGCGCAGUGGCUCAAGCCUGUAGUCCCAGCACUUUAGGAGGCCGAGGCGGGUGGAUCACGAGGUCAAGAGAUCGAGACCAUCCUGGUCAACAUGGUGAAACCCCGUCUCUACUAAAAAUACAAAAAAUUAGCUGGGCAUAGUGGCGCUUGCCUGUAAUCCCAGCUACUCAGGAGGCUGAGGCAGGAGAAUUGUCUGAACCCAGGAGGCGGAGGUUGCGGUGAGCCGAGAUCGUGCCAUUGCACUCCAGCCUGGGUAACAAGAGCAAAACUCCGUCUCAAAAAAAAAAAAAAAGAAUUCAUCUCUGGCCUGGGACAGACAUGCCUUCUAAGAAUUCUACCAUUAAAGAUUUGUAAACAUAAGAAUUCUUUAUUUAUCUAUUACAUACAUCUAUAUUUAUUAAAUGAAUUUGUUUAAAUCAAAAUUAUUUGUGCUACAGAUCUCACAUUUUCAACAGAUUCCUGCAGUUAGCGUGUCUUUGCUUAUAAGCUGAAAGAAAAUUAAGGGUGAAUUAAAACUAAAAAUGGUUUGAAAUUCUCGUAGUCCUGUCAACAGUGCCCUGCUGUUUGAUACAAUAAACCACUGCUAAAGCAGCUUUAACAAGAGUGGACCAUUUUGGAUAUUAUCUGUGUGUGCAAAAGACACAGAGUUGGACUCUGUUUGGAAAAUCAGAUGCUAAGUAGCCCCUGAAGCCCAGCAGCCUGUUAGGAAAACAGAGGGGUGAUAGGCCCUUCUAAUUGGCGGAGGUAUUUACCCAGAGGUCUGGCUUUCACAUAAAAGGCAGGAACCACUGAAGUCAGUCCCCGCUUCCAGAGUUCAAGUUAAAACAGAAAAAAAGGAAGAUGGCAAGAAUACUGUUACUUUUCCUCCAGGGUCUUGUGGCUGUAUAUGCUGUGCAUGGAAUAUUUAUGGACCGACUAGCUUCCAAGAAGCUCUGUGCAGAUGAUGAGUGUGUCUAUACUAUUUCUCUGGCUAGAGCUCAAGAAGAUUAUAAUGCCCCGGACUGUAGAUUCAUUAAUGUUAAAAAAGGGCAGCAGAUCUAUGUGUACUCGAAGCUGGUAAAAGAAAAUGAAGCUGGAGAAUUUUGGGCUGGCAGUGUUUACGGUGAAGGCCAGGACGAGAUGGGAAUCGUGGGUUAUUUCCCCAGCAACUUGGUUAAGGAGCAGCGUGUGUACCAGGAAGCUACCAAGGAAGUUCCCACCACGGAUAUUGACUUCUUCUGCGAGUAAUAAAUUAGUUAAAACUGCAAAUGGAAAGAAAACACCAAAAAUAAAGAAAAGAGCAAAAGUGAUUAAAAAAUGCAUGUCUUUAACUUCUGACUGACGUUUUAAGAAUUUGUUAGCCUACAGAAGAGCGAGGGCUUAGGGGUUGGAGGUGGCAGAUGCAAGAGGAUUUUCAACUCACAUCUUGUUUCCUGCUGGCCUGGUCUUCGUAUGAGCUAGAGCGGGGAAAUGUUGAGCUCAAAUGGGUAAAUCAAAACCAGAGAACUGUUUUUCCAACCUAGAGAAUCUCCUUGGGGGAUGCAUAUAAAAGAUCAUUUAUUUGUAGUUAUUUCUGAAGAGUAAUUCUUCCCAGCUCUUUGAUUUUCCGUAUAUAAAAUAGGUGGGUCAUAGGUCUUCCUUCUAGUCAUGAUGUUUUCUACCUAUUUUUCUCUGGCCAAUUGGAGUGUUAAUAGUGUAUCUGAAGGGGCUGUAUUAUCAA